AUGAUCGUUCCAACGUUAGUCCGCCUGCUCGCAGUAGCAUCACUCGCCAACGCCUACUCGCUGUCAACAUACCCCAAGCUCAAGGCUGUUUACGAUAGAUACAACAAAGCGAACAGCGAGUGCAGUGCCCUACUUCAAGAUGGCUUCUACGACGCAGGCCAGACCAAAGAUGGGCAUUACUACCGCUACUGCGGUGACCUUGGAGGCGGCUUAAAAGCCAUCUUCCUGCACCGCAAUGGCGGCGGACUGAAUGAUAUGGAUAUCGACUGCGAUGGAGCUCAGGCGUGCCCGGAUGAUCCGACCUUCCAGGGUCAGACAUCUUUCAAGACCGCUUAUGGCGGCUACCAAGGCGUGCAAGAGCUCAGUAGAGCGGCAGGUGCAUACGUCUCCGAUCUCAAUGCCACCCGCCAUCCCUACGUCGUCUUCGGUAACGAAGGUUCAAAGCCGACCUUCAACCCAAAGGAUUAUGGCAUGGUGCCGCUGAGCGUCAUGGCUGUUGUUUGCAACGGUCAGGUCCACUACGGAGUCUGGGGUGACACGAAUGGUGGGACAUCGACAGGCGAGGCGUCUCUGGCGAUGGGUAACCUCUGCUUCCCGAGCGAAGGUCUUGGCGGAAACAAUGGCCAUGAUGCGAAUGAUGUGCUCUACAUUGGCUUCAGGAACGAGACGGCGUAUCCAGGAUAUGGUGGGAAGAACCAUGCCAAGUGGAAGGGUACCACGAAGGAGUUCGAGGACAGUAUCAGAGGUCUUGGUGACAGUUUGGUGAAGGGUCUGCUUGGAGGCUUGUAG